AUGCAAGAAUUGCUCUUGAAUCAGAGUGCAACUGCUUCUCCCAUUGCGGGAACAACGCCAUUUCCACUGCUGUCGCGUGAAGGCGUAAGAGCCUACCGAAGAGCCUUAUUCCAGAAAAAGGUACUUGACCAAUGUGCGAGCUCGCCAUUUCCAGGUACCUUGGUUCUCCGUGAUGCAGAGAAGCAAUCGAACUUUAUCAAGGAUUUCUGGACACAUCCUGAGACGAUGAGGAUAAUGUGCGAGGCAAUGGGUGUACCUUUGGAUGUCAUCAUGCCCACAGAGAUCGGGCAUACCAAUAUUCAAGUUGAAGGAGCUACCGUCUCAGAUAUGACGAAGAACCUCAACAUUGAACCAACGGCUGAGAAAGUGGAGUUGACUGUAGAGGAACGUGCUUAUGAUCCCCUGAAGGAUGUUAGCACAAUUAUUCCGUGGCACUAUGAUUCCUAUCCUUAUGUCUGUGUUUUGAUGUUGAGUGAAACAGAGGGGAUGAUUGGAGGAGAAACAUACAUCAAAAAAGGAGAUGGGACAGCGAAAAAGGUGGAAGGGCCACGGAUCGGCCAUGCGGUGAUGCUUCAAGGUGGUGAAGUCGAACACUUAGCUGCCCGAGCCAAGGGUGUUAAGGAGCGCAUAUCCACCAUCACUUCAUAUCGAUCAGGUGUGCCAACUGUUUACGACUCCAGUUACAUGACCAACGUCAGACCCUACGCAAAUCUAAACAGUCUCUACCCGGAAUGGACUCAGUACAGGUUGCGAAAAUUAAGAGAUGAGAUCACACAUUAUCUCAAUAAGGUCGAGAAAGAGCCAGAAUUAGCCUUAGAUCAAGUGGCGCUAGAAAAACUAGUAACUGAGCAAGCCGACUACCUCCAGCGAACCUCGCGACAGAUGAUUGCUCCUAAGGAACACCGACGGAUAUUGAAAGCAUACGGCAGCGCAGCAUACUACGACGCACCCAAGAUUUGGAGAACUGUUCAAUCUCUACCAGAAUUUGGGGAAUUUGCAUCAUCUGCGGACAAAAAUCGAGUCUGGAUGCCGGAGAGUGUUUACUGGAUGGACUUGAAAAGCUCGAAUGAGGCCAUUCGCUUGGGAAGGCCUCUUAAAGCCACAAUGGGAAACUUUAUUUGGGAUAAAGAAAGACAAUACUAUAUGGGAGAUGAACUUUUGCGACAAGGACUGAAUGAAUUGUUUUUGGAUUGGCUGGGUACCUCGGGUCUAUGGGAUAUCUAUCACAAGUUGGCUUGA